UGUGGUUACUUGGAAUUUUUGUGUUUUUGUUUACGUUUUUGCUUCUUUUAACUUAGCCCUUUGACUAGUAUAAUUAGUUUAACUAAGCAUACAUAAAAUAAUUAAUUUUUACUUAAAUUACCAUGAAUUUAUCCCCCUUCAAUGUCUCUGUUCGAUAAAACCUUCGAACCACUGGUUCAUCAAAAAACAAUUGAUUGCAAUCAAGGAGCAGUAAGAUCUGUACGCUUCAAUGUCGACGGUGCUUAUGCAUUAUCUUGUGGCUCUGACAAAAAAGUUAAACUUUGGAAUCCAACUACGGGACUGUUGCUUAAAACUUAUGGUGGUCAUGCUGAUGAAGUUACCGACGUAGCAGGUAGUUGCGAUAGUUGUCAUAUAGUUACUGCUAGCUUAGACAAAAGUAUAAUUUAUUGGGAUGUUGCCACUGGACAACAAUUACGUCGCCUUCGUGUCCAUGCAGGUGGAGUAAAAUGUGUUCGUUUCAAUGAAGAUUCUUCAAUAGCAUUUUCUGGUUCAAGAGACAACACUGUCAUGUGUUGGGACAUUCGCACACGCAAACUAGAACCCGUUCAAACAAUGAAAGAAGCCAAAGAUUGCAUAACUUCGAUUGUUGUUGAUGAUCAUAAAGUUAUAGCUUCUUCGCUUGAUGGUUGCAUUCGGUAUUAUGAUAUUAGGGCUGGCGAAAUGACCUGUGAUGAUUUAGGUGUUUCAGUUACGUAUAUGGUGCAGACCAAGAAGUCGAAUUGUGUUGUUGCUGCAUGUCAAGAUGGAACUGUUCGUUUGCUUGAUAAUAACGAUGGAAGUCUUCUAUCGGAGUAUGAAGGACAGAACCCGGAACAGUAUCAAAUCGAAUGUGGAAUAAUGGCAAAUGAUUUGCAUAUUAUUUCUGGAUCAAGUGGAGGUUAUGCCAUAAUAUGGGAUUUGCUAGAGGGAACAGUUCUUCAGAAAGUUCAAAUAAGUUCCUAUGGAGGAGUAGUUCACUCACUGUCAACCCAUCCGUCUAGAAAUAAAUUACUAUUAGCUAGAAAAAGGGACAUGUAUGUGUUCUGUAGUGAAGGGGAACAAGAAGACGUUGAAAUACUUUAGCAUUUAUUUGACAAAAACAAAAAUAAAAACAACAAUUUUUUAACAAA